ACCCGGCUGAGAGGCGGCGUUGGUCGUCGCUGCACUGCACGAGCGGACGCCGGGUGGCGGAGGAGGCCCGCCUCGGCCCCGGAGCGAGGAUGGCGACGUCGCGCGCCGGCGGACCCGGAGCGAGCGUGACGACGCCGAAGACUCUGGCUUUACUUCUCGCGUCGCUGCUGCUGCUCGAUCCCGCUCUAGCGGGGAACUGCUGGUCCGCCAUGGUGCGCAGCGGCCGCUGCACGGACCUCCUCAGCGAGAAGGUUACCAAGGAGGAGUGCUGCGCGUCGCACAACGUCGCGACCGCGUGGAGCCCCGAAGACAUGGACGCUGGUACUCUUUUCUUCUGGCGGGUGCUUGGCGGUGGGGUGCAUUGCUUUGCUUGCAAAGAGUCGUGCGCGGGCGUGCACUGCGGCGAAGGGAAGAAGUGCGUGGUGCGCAAGGGCCGGCCCAAGUGCGUGUGCUCGCCCAGCUGCCGCGGCAGCGGCGGCGGCGGUGGCGGCGGCGGCGGGGGCGGCCGGAGGCGGCAGAGGUCGCCCGUCUGCGGCACGGACGGACGCGACUACGCGAGCGCGUGCCGCCUGCGCAAGCACGCGUGCCGCAACCGCAGCAGCACCCUCGCCGUCGCGUACUACGGCCGCUGUCAGAGCUCGUGCGACAGGAUCCGCUGCCAGGCGGGCAAGCACUGCCUGCUCGACCAGAACCUCACGCCGCACUGCGUCAAGUGCGCGCAGCGCUGCGCCGCGCCGGCCGCCGCCUCCAAGGCCGUGUGCGGCGCCGACGGAGUCACCUACCAGAGCGCGUGCCACCUGCGCGAGGCGGCGUGCCUCAAGGGCAAGGCCAUCCCGGUCGCCUACAAGGGACGCUGCAAACACGCGGCCAGCUGCGAGACGGUGCAGUGCCGCGACCGGCAGUCCUGCCUGGUGGACAUGCAGACGCGCGCCCCUCGCUGCGUCACGUGCAACUACCGCUGCCCGCGCGCCGAGGCGCGGCGCCGCGGCCUGGGCGGGCCCAUCUGCGGCUCCGACGACCGCACCUACCCGUCCUGGUGCCACAUGCUGAGCGACGCCUGCUCCACCGGCUACGUCAUCGAGACCAAGCACCCGGGCGCCUGCGGGGCGGCAGGAACCAAGCCUGCGGUUACCAACACAGUAAGAGAUGAUCCUGCAAGCAUGAAGAAGUACUCGUGAGAGGUGACUUCUAGUUAUCUACCCACCGGAGGCUUUUGGGUGCAAUCUCUUUGCACCAUGUGGAUGCAACGCCAUUCUACAACCUGGAAAGUUUUCAAUGGAGACAAGAUGAAAGAUAAAUGGGAAGGAUACAUAUAAUACUUAUAUACAACUAGAUGUUUUGAUCUAAAGUAAUCCUUAAGAGUAUAAAUUCACUAAGUUAGAUAUUUAUCGUGUAGUCAUGUGAAGUAGAGUUCAAAAUUAAUAUUGUUCUGUCGACAGUUGUAGCAAGCCCAAAUUUCAGCAUCUAAUCAUCAUAUGUCUAAUGUGUAAUGGUGUGAAGUAUAAAAAAUCUCCUUUGUGUUGUAGAGGCAGAAAUAAAUUCUGGUUCCUAUUACAUAUGUUGUUCAUGAACACAUUAAAAAAAUUUAUGUGACAAUUAUUUACACAAAUAACAUAUUUCAAACUAUGUUUUAUGUAAUCAAAAUGAUAAUUAUUAAUUUAUUAUGUUUUUUUUUACUUGUAAAGCUGCUUGAAAAUCUUGCCUUUGACUUGAAGUUUUUUUACUGAAUACUGUAUAUUUUCCUCGGGGUUUUACAGGUAUAUAUGUGGAACAUAAUACUUCAAAUAUUUUGCAAAGUUUUUAAAACUUCUGAAGUUCAUUUAAAUGUUGAAAUCUUUCCUAGUUAUCUUUGACUUUGUCAUUAGUGACAUUGUCAUAGGUAGAAUAGUCAACUCUUACCUACCUUCCAGCGAGUGCAGGGAUUGUUAUGAACAAAAGCUAGCCCUGAUGGUCAACACUCGUGAAGUGAAAAUUGUUAAUAAACAAGAGAGAAUAAAAAGAAGAAUCCAUUUCUAAAUGAAGAGGUGGACGCAACUGGCUCCUCACCUAAGAAUCCAAUUGUAAAACAAUGUUUUUACUGAAUUUUUAUCUUCUUCGAUACCUGAAUUGUGAUUUAUGCUUACCAAUUGCAUAAUAUAUUUUCAGUGUCGGUUAAAUGACACAAUAAAGUACAAUCAAUGAAUAUGAGUAUCUUUGAAGAGCACUUAGAACACUUAUUUUAAAGUGUUUUUAAUUUAUAUUGUAGGAUCCUCAUUUUUUUGUUAUUUGUUUCAAGAAUAAAGAAAUGUGUUAUUGUUCAUAAUUUCUUAAGGAGUGAUACUAAAAAUGCAUUUGUUUUAUCUUUUGUAAAAAAAAAAAAAAAUUCUGUCUUUUUACCACGCUUUUAUUAGCUUCAAAUGUAUGUAUAUAUGAAUGGACUAUGUAAUAAAACCUUUCCAUUCAA